CUCGCAAUUCUCAUCAUUCCUUUUCAGCUUUUAGCAGAUUUUUUUCGGACAGAGAAUCAUGGAAUACUUCAGGACUGAGAUCAAGUCCUCCAUCCUCCCAGCCCAGGCGUUCGAGGCCAUCGUUAGGGCCUUAAACCUCAUCUCCAGAGUCUUCUUGCCUUUCCUCAAGAGUGCCGAGCUCAUCGAGGAGACCACUGGCAGCGAAGGCCAUCGGAACAAGGUAGCGAAGCACAAGCUCGAGGUCCUGGACAAUGGGAGCUACUCCUACUUCAAUUCAAUCAUCGAGAGCGACAUGCUGGCCAACACCUUGGAGAACACUAGCUACGAGCUGAAGAUCAGUGCAUCACCGGAGGGAGGUUCGGUGUGCAUGAACGCUAGCAAAUACUUCGCCAGGGGCAACGUGGACAACACCGAGGAGAAGAUCAAGGCCGUGAGAGAAGGCUUUCACUAUGUUUGGGGCCAUCGAGGCUUGCCUCAUGAACCCUGA